AGCCAAUCAGGAUCUUGCACAUCCGAGGAGCAGUUAGUGCAAUCGGUCAGUGUAAUUAUGGGUUAGAGUAUGGGUUAUGCCCGUCUAGCUCAGGAUUACACCCCACUUCUUCAUGGCAAGUGUGAGGCUUCAAUGGCCGAAAGGUGGUUAGCGCAUGAAAACAGAGAUCGCGGGUGUGCGCGCCGCAUGGGAAAGGGAUUCGCCAGGGAGUUGGCAAGCUACUAAUCAGGACCGUUGCCGAGACCAUGUCGGACAGUAAACCCAGAGGCGAUUCUUCAGUUUCAGGUCCCUUCAAGUCUGGGUCAAUUCAACUACUCGAGUUGCCUACAUAGAAGGAUACAAAUGAAGCAUGGCCUCGGUCAGUCUGCGAGAGGAACGACGUCGCAAGAUCCCGCGAAGGUCGAGAUUUGGGUGCCGAAAUUGCAAGCUGAGGAAGCUCAAAUGCGAUGAAGGUAAACCACAAUGUAGGAGAUGCAUCUCAUUUGGGUUAGUAUGCAAUUUCAUGCCUGAUGUUCCAGAUCUGCAGCCCGUCGCCGAUGACGCGGUCAGAUCAGUGGUCGUGCACAGAGAAGCAGAACUCCAGCCUUCUCUUGCUGGUACAGUAUGGACAUCUGACGCAUCGGCAUUCUACCAGUUGGACGCAAAAUGUCAAGAUUUCGUCACACGGUAUCUUGGGCGAAGCCUCGUUACUCCAGAUGACCCCAAUAUGGCAGAGGUUAAUCGCAAGCUCCUAAGGCUAGCAUUUACGCAUCCUUUCCUGAUGCAUGCCUCUCUAGCUGUGGCGCUUGCAUAUGACCGCUACCAAAACGGAUCGUCGGUCAUUACGCUGGAAGAGUGCUACCACUGCUCUCGAAGCACGGUUCUCUUCCACAGCAGACUGAGAGAGUCCAUUGAAACGAAAGACAAAGACCCCAUCUGGGGCACUGCCGCCGCUCUAGCGAUGUUGUCCUUCUCCUCUCCUAAUGCAUGUGCAGCACAAGAAUCAUGGCCGCUGAAGCCCUCCAGUCCGGCCGAUCUGGAAUGGCUGCGUAUGAUCAAAGGCAAAAUGUCACUGUGGCGUAUAGUUAAUCCACUGCGAGUAGACAGCUUGUUUCGUGUGAUGGCGCCGACAUACGCUCAUAUGCAUUCUCCUUUCCCUGACAAAGGCAUUGCUCAUAUACCAAAUGCUUUGGCCGAUGUAUGUCAUCUUGACGACUCGUCAACGAUAGAUAACAAUCCGUACUUCGAAACCUCCCAUGCAGUUUCUCAUAUAUACGGCCUUCCAGAUAGCCAGGUUUCAACAGGUCAUACUCACCUAUUUACACGCAGCGUAAAGGGCUGCUUCCAAUCAUUACUAAAGGAGAAGGACCCUGUCGCACUUUUAUUAUUGUACCUCUGGUAUCGAAAAGCCGGUCGUAGUAUAUGGUGGAUCGAGCUUAGAGCUCGAAUCGAGUGCCCUUCUAUUUGCUUCUAUCUACGGCUCUAUCACAAAGAAUAUGGCGCUGUUCACGCGUUGCUUCCCGGUGGGUCACUUGCCAAUGAUUGGCAUUCGUCGUUGAUGAACAGGUCUUCCUGACCUCCGAGGUUCACCAAGGCAUCUCAUCAGCGAGGGCUGAAUAGUCUCAGUUCAGUGACACCGAGACUGUCUUGAUAUACCGCCAAGACUUGCAUACUGGACGCAUGAAGCCGGCCUUAUU